AUGAGCGAUAGUCAUCUCGCAACGCUUCGACUUCCACCUUUUGGGUUGAUUGGAGGUAGUGAUGGAGGUUCAUACUCAGGAGAGAUUGAUCAUACUGGCUACCUGUCGGACAACAUCGGAUCACUUUUUCUCAACACGGACUUCUCUGAUGUUAUAUUCAUAGUUGAUGGAGAGAAGUUCCCAGCACACAAAGUGCUGCUUGCAGCCCGCAGCGAAUACUUUAGGGCACUGCUAUAUGGAGGGCUGAAGGAGAGUGACGAAGGCGAGAUAAUUCUAGAAGAAACAAAUGUGUUUGCUUUUCGUAUCCUCUUAAGGUACAUCUACACGGCUAAGCUAACCUUACUUGAGUACAAAGAAGAACAGGUAAUGGAGAUUCUCGGUCUAGCUCACAAAUAUGGUUUUGUAAAACUCCAAAAUGCGAUUGCCGACUACUUGAAGGCGAUUUUGAAUAACAAGAAUCUAUGCACUAUUUUCAAUAUUUCCCAGUUAUAUUGUCUGAAUGAUCUCACGGAGUACUGUCUUGUGUUUGCAGACCAAAAUGCAUCAGAAGUGCUUACAACACAGGGAUUUCUUCAAUUGUCAUUGAAUGCGGUUACCCAACUAAUUGCUCGAGAUUCCUUCUGCGCCUCGGAAAUUGACAUCUUCUGUGCAAUACGUGAAUGGGUUAAAGCUCGUCCGGAAAUGCAGGCUGCUGCUGCUGAAAUGCUGAUGAAAUGCUUGAGACUCUCUCUCAUUAGUCAAAGGGAUUUACUGAAUGUGGUGCGACCUUCUGGACUAUUUCCUCCAGAUACCAUACUUGAUGCUAUUGAGGAACAAGACAAGAAACGAACCACUGAUCUAACCCAUCGCGGUUUUCUAACACCGAACACUAAUAUCGCAACUGCACAGCUUGGCGCUGUUGUCAUCUCUGGGGAGGCGGCAAACGUCCUGCUUAGUGAAGCUGGAGGAAUUCCACAAGACGGAGACCGAAGUCUUACUCGACAUGCUAUCGGUGACGAUGAAGGAAUAGUAGUUCAACUUGGACGUCCAUACAUUAUUAACAAAAUCGUACUGCAGUUGUGGGAUCGUGAAACAAGGAUGUAUUCAUACUACGUUGAAGUGAGUAUGGACCGACGCGAUUGGGUGCGUGUUAUUGAUCAUUCGAAGUAUUUAUGCCGUUCUCGUCAGACGCUGUACUUUGAAUCACGUGUGGUUAGGUAUAUUCGUGUGGUUGGCACACAUAACUCCCAGUCGAACCGCAUGUUUCACUUGGUCGGUUUAGAGGCUUUGAACUCAUCUGACGAGUUCAGCAUUGAUCCGAAAACAACUUUACUGAUUCCAACGACGAACGUUGCCACAAUCGAGAACAACGCAUUGGUUAUUGAAGGCGUAUCAAGGUGUAGAAAUGCUCUUCUCAAUGGGCAGAAUUCGGACUACGAUUGGGACAAUGGUUACACCUGCCAUCAAUUGAACAGUGGGGCGAUCACCAUCCAGUUACCACAACCGUAUAUGAUAAGCACCAUGAGACUUCUUCUGUGGGAUUGUGACGAUCGGUAUUAUUCAUACUAUAUCGAAGUGUCGGUAGAUCAAAUAAAUUGGGUGAAAGUUGUCGAUAGAAGAAUCAAGCAGUGCAGAAGUUGGCAGCUGCUCGAACUGGCGGCGGCGAUCCCAGUGGUGUUCGUGAAGAUAGUUGGCACUCAUAACUCGGCGAACGAAGUGUUCCACUGUGUACACUUUGAAUGCCCUGCUGAUCCUCAAGCAUCUCCACCAAAUGACCGAUCGGUUCUACCGAAGGACGUAGUGGUCGGGGAAGAGAUGGAGUAG